UUGUAUCGUCCCUAGUUAAAUUAUGGAAUGGAAGCGAAAAUUAUCUGCUGCCCUUGCGGCGGUAAUAGCUAUGUCCAGCUCAGAGGAAGUAUCUAGCUCCGAUGAAAGUUACUCAAGUGAUCCUGAUUCUGUAGAUGAACAGCAAAGUAAAAAGGCUAAAAUAACCGACUAUAUGACAAUUAUACAUCAAUACACAGAUACAGAUUUUAAGUCACACUUCCGUUUGACUAGGACUCAAGUUGAGAUGCUUAUAUGUUUAACACAACAAAAAUAUGUGUCACUUGGAACGAAAAGUGUACUUUCUUACGAAACGGCAUUACUAACAACAAUUUGGUGUCUUGCAAACCAAGAAUGUUUCCGAGGCAUUGCCGAUAGGUUUGGACUGGGAAAAGGAAAUUGUCAUGAAGUGGUUAUGAGGGUAAUGAAAAUCCUAUACAAUGAAAGAGGCAGGUUUAUACUUUGGCCAAACGAUUAUAAAAAAAAUGUAGACGAAUUUAACCAAUGUCGAGGGCAGAACAGUUUUCCUGGUGUGAUAGGAUGUGUAGAUGGAACACACAUUCCGAUACCUGGAUCAGGAAGUGAUAAUUCCUAUUACAACAGAAAAGGUUUUCAUUCUGUCAUCUUACAAGGUGUGUGCAAUGCCAAACUGCAAUUUAUGGAUAUAUUUUGUGGUUUCCCGGGAUCAUGCCAUGAUGCGAAUGUUUGGAAGCAGAGUCCAGUGUAUGAGUUAUUGAAAAGCUCUAAUAUACCUGCAGAUUUACAUCUAUUAGGUGAUUCCGCUUACCCUUUGGAUACAUUUUUAAUGUGCCCAUUUCGAGAUAAUGGCCAUUUAACUAAUGCACAAAAAAAAUUUAAUGUCACAUUAAGCUCGACCAGAGUUGUGAUAGAAAUGGCAUAUGGCCGUUUAAAACAGAAAUUUAGAAGAUUAAAAUAUUUACAAGUUGAGAAGGUAGAAUAUGCAAAAUACUACAUAAUGGCUGCCUGUGUUCUACAUAAUGUUUGCAUCGAUGAAGAUGAUAAUCAAGAUUCUUCAUGUAGUAAUGCAUCUGAAGAUAUAAAUGCAGAUAGUGUUGGAGAGGAACUAGUUAAUAGCGCAGCAAAAGAAAAGCGUUUAGAAAUUAUGCAAAACCUUCUGUAACACACUUACUUGUCUAUAUUAUUUUUAUUAAACUAUAUAUCAUAACAAAAAAUAUACUCUAUCAUAAAUAAAAAU